ACUGUUGUGGCAGGUUGUCCUAUCCAAUCGCUCCAUCAAAGGGCCAGAAACCACCCAAAUGGAUACUAACAUUAAUAGAGCACCUUCUCCGAUUAAACGACUGUUAAAUCGCAUGAAGCUGCUUCCGUUGAUCGAAAGCUGCGAAACAGUGUGGCCGUCCAAGUUGGACAUGCAGCUGAUACUUCCAACCUACGAAGCGGACCUUCGGAAUCUACGUUCCGCCUUAGAAAAUGAUUCAUUCCAGCUGUUGCAAGAAACCGAUAACGAGGACGUGCUGAAAUUCCAGGUAUCAUUCAUGUCCUGCUGUUACGAAUCAACGGCUUUCCUUUUAUCCGAGGAAUUGGCUACUGAGCAGCAGUCCUUGCGGGAAGGAUUCAUUUGGAGUAAGCUAAUGCAUUUUUCGACCCGAAAAGCAAUGGUUUCCCACCUGUUUAAACAGUACCGUAAAACGCUUCUCGACGAAGAUUGGUUCUAUCAUUUUGGAAGCCUAUCCAGCUUUUGGGGUUUCGUGUGGGACUUGUUGGAUUUUGAUCGGGACCUGAAUCUGAUUGAUCGUAAUGUUGUAGAAUUGAUUGAGCAGGUUUCCUUUCGAUUAAUGCAAUCCAAGAGCGUUCAGCUGUUUGUCAAGGGUGUAACGGUGCUGGAGGAAUGUAUUCACAAAACUCGUGGACAUUCUCUGGUGGACUAUGAGACAAUUUACAGGGAACUGUCGAAGCAUACUUGGCGUUUGUCGUCGGAAGACGAGAGAAAUCAGCAUGCAUCGAUCAUUAUGCUGGCUGCUAUGUUGGAGUGCGUUCGGGUAUUGGAAGUCGAAAGGAAUCAACUGAUGACGCUUAUUCAGAACUUUGCUCAACCGAGCAGAGCGGAUAGCUUGAUGGACAUCGUACUGAAGGGGCUGAAGGAAUCAUGCGCAGUAAGCAAAUCGAUUGAAUUGAUGGAGAACCUUCUGCAAAUGCUAGCAAUAGAUCACGAUUGCAUUCGAGUCAUAUCGGAGGAGCUUUUGGAUGAUUCGAACAACAAUCGAUCCACUGAUACGGAUGGUAACGCUAACUUCUCGCUGGCAGUGAUGAAAGGUACAGGUAAAAUCGAUCUCAGGUCAGCUGAUUGGUGGAAGGAUAUAAUAGUCCCAAAUAGAGGUCGCUUUCAUCGGUGGACCAGGAAGCUACUAAGAUUGCUGAUUUCCGAAAUAGAAAAGUUUGAGAAUUUUCACGCAAUUCACUAUCAGUAUCUCUGCUGUGCAAUGUUCUUCUUAGUGGACUCAAAAAGCUCAGAUACGGCGGAUCCAGUUGGAGGCAUUUUUCAACUGCUGGUUGCAUUCGUCAAGAAGAUGGUGAAUCGUGUAGAGCCUGUGAUUGCUGCUGCGGGUGAAACUUCCUAUUCCAACUUGCAAACCUGUAAGCUACUUGUAGAAGCCAAUGUAGCAUGCGUUAGAGAUUAUGCAACAUUUGUGCCUGAAGCUCGCCCAAGUGGAAUGAAAGGGAAUGGUGUAGAAGGAAGCAUCGCAUCUCGCCAGUUACAGCAUCUGAAUAAACUGCAGCAAAAGAUUUCGCGAUGGUAAGAUAUAGGUACUAACUUCAACUAGUAUUAGGUAUUAUUUGAUUUGUUGGUUCAAUCUGAAUUUUGAACAAAAAGAACGGCACAGACCGAAAGAA